CUAAGCCCUGUGGCCAAGCUGCCUAUGUACCCAGGAUAGGGCCCAACUCUACCUGGGGCCAAGCCUUGAGGGUGACUCUUUCUAGAGAUCCAGCUGUCCAGAGGGCAGAAAGGUGGCCGGACCCUCAGGCAGCUGAGGCCACUGCCGGAGUUGCUGUAAUGGAAACUUCUCGGCUGGUCUGCAAGCAGCAGCAGCUCCGGUUCCCGCCCUGUGUGGGGCUUUGAUCACCAGCGGCUUGCGGGGCAGGUCAGGUGGGCCCGCACAUGCAGGAAGGCUACAGCACUGCUGGAGCCCAGGACCAUGCUCCAGUAAAUGAGGACUGCAGCUCGAGUCUCGCGCCACAGCUCCCGGCCAGAAAACCAACCUCAGACCGGAAAGAAUGAAGAGGACACGUGGGGUUCAGCAACACCCAGGGAGGAGAGAAAGGGUGACAGGAAGUGCCCCCCCUCCAUCCUGAGACAGAGGCAGCCGGAGCGUGGGUCCUGUGGGGCCAAGGCACAGAGGACACCGAGGCGCGUGCAUUUCCGAGAGCCCUUGGAGGUGGCCAUCCACUGUAAGAGGGACACAGGGGCAAGCCCGCCAGACUGGCCGCAAGGGUUGGACAUCGCCAACAGGGAUGCCAAGACCACUGUCAAGGAACUGACCUGCCUGGCCCUCUGGUCAACAGUGCCCAGCCGGUCAGCAUCCCACGGCAGCCCCCUACUCCAGCCCACACCGCACAGAGGCUCUCUGUUCCUGCGACUGUCUGUGUGUGUCCUGCUUGGAGUGGCAUUGGGCCUAUACUGUGGCCGAGCCAGGCCCAUCAUGAUGGCCCUGGAGGACCUCCAGGCCCGACUCCUCGUCCUCAUCCUUCGCCUGUGGCAUAUGGCUCUCACCUGUUGGCGCUGCCUCCUGCAACUCUGACCCACGCUAGACAACCCAUCACCUCUGGAUGGCCCUAGGACCCAUGGUGGGGGAGUCCAGGGUGGUCCUCAGGAUAGCUGACAACCUGGGCAUUGAAGCUGACCCAGGAGAGAGCCCUGCUAGCCAGCACAAUGCAGAGGACCCUGAGGGGCUGUUGCAAGAGAGCCAACUGGGAGAAAGGGU